CGGCCCGCCGAGCCGCUCCGCGCGGCAUUACGUCGCGCACCGUCGACUGCGACUGACGUCCGCGUGAGAGGACCGUCGACCAAUCGCCCCACCGACAAUCGCGAUCAUGACGUAGCCCGUUGCUGUAGAAGGAAAUAUCAGCAGGCAUUAUGUAGGAAAAGUGCGCUGUUUAUCCAAGUGUAAUGGCGUGACGUUAUUCCGAUUCGAGGAACUGACGGCUGGGCCAUCCCGUAGCGACAACCUGUAGGAGUAGAAAGAUUGUGACAGAUGAUUUAGGUGGUAUCGCUGGCGGCAGUGUUCGUAGGGAAGAAUCGCACGGUGACACGUUGAUAUCGUCGACUUGGAACAUCGUUGAUAGGUGUUGAGUGUACUACCGAUGGACGGCGAUGACGUCCUUUGAAUUGCUCCGGACUUUCCGGUCACGCGUCGCGCAAGAAGUGCAACGGUACAUCGCGAGAUUCAACUGAGAACAGCUGCCGCGUCGAUCAUGGAGCAAGAUCACCGGAACGCGAUCCGGCAGUGUUGAGAUUCCCCGUCUUUAGCUAGGACGAUAUCGCGGUUGAUCAUGAAGAUCAGUGAGAUGAUCGAGAAAGAGGAACGACUUCAGAUUGGUCACGAGCAACGCAAGGCUUAUAGAAGUAACUAGUUGGAGUCAUAACAAACGGCGGGGUUGCCUCCGUGAAACAAGUGAAAAAUCACGACGUCCCGGCCGGAGGGUGCGUGCUUGGGCGACGAGGGGCGGCUACUGGCCGAUGGGAUGCAUCUACCGGUGGGUUCCGUGGGCUGCGGGGAGAAUUACGGCACCAUUGGAUCCCACGAAGGCGCCGGCCCGUGCGGUCCCUCCCUGGCGCCGCUGCAAGGUAUAAACAGCAGGUACCACCAGGUAGACGACGCCGACACCGGGGGUGGAGGCGGCGAGAUGAGCGAGAGUGCCGCCGUCGGCGAACUAUGGUGGACCGAAAGGCUCGUCGGCGAGGCGCAGGCCGAACAUCCUGGAGAACUGGUUCGAACAGGAUCGCCGUACUUCUUGUGCAGCCAGCUACCGACGCACUGGCGAUCUAACAAGACCCUUCCAGUGGCGUUUAAAGUGGUCGCUCUCGGCGAGGUUGGCGAUGGGACUUUGGUGACGGUCCGCGCUGGUAAUGACGAGAAUUGUUGCGCCGAACUACGAAACUCCACCGCGUUGAUGAAGAACCAAGUCGCCAAGUUCAAUGACCUUAGGUUCGUCGGUAGAAGCGGCAGAGGAAAGAGCUUCAGCAUCACCAUUACCGUGUCGACGACGCCACCCCAAGUGGCGACCUACACGAGGGCGAUUAAGGUGACCGUCGACGGACCGCGGGAGCCGCGAUCGAAAACGAGACAGCAACAUCAGCAGUUCCGCGCCCUCGGCCUGGGACAGAGACCUUUUCUCGACGCGCCGUCCUCGUUCAGAUCCCACCUGCGGGAACUCGAAUCCUUCGGGAGGAAUAAGCAUCACCAUCAUCACAGCAGCAGUCACUUACACGACCAGCAGACCGGCAACAACGUCACCACGAAUUCGGUUAGCGGUGCCUGCACCAACCCCAACAACACCGACCCGACCGCAUCGCCGGCUUCCAGUACACACCUCGGGGCUACCGGCGGCUCCUCCGCUCAUCAGGAUUGCUACAAGCGUAGUCCUCAACACGGCGAUACGGGUAUCGGUCCGACAGAGUGGACUUAUCCAUCCACAGCACCGUCUUAUCCGGCUCCUCCAGUCAGCAGCAGCGGUUCCUAUUCUCCUUUACCCGGUGGUGCGUUCUCGUACCCAGGGGAAUCGCUGUCGCAUCAUCCAACGACGGAGCCGGUACCGCUGCCAACCGUGCUCUCCUCGGAAAAUCAGCAGGACACUUACAAUUGUGUGUCCAUGUACUCAGGACAUGGUACAUCACCAACCACAUCCUUGCCCUUGGUUCCAACCAGGCCUAGCGAAUCUGACAUUUUUGCCGGGGGUGGUACGGGCAGCGCCGGUAGUCCAGGUUACCAUUACAGUUCCUGGACACCUGGCCCGGCGACGCCGGUCCCAGUGGCUUCCCACAACUACAAUCCCAAUUAUCAAGGGUACUACAACAAUCCGAGUCAGAACUACAUCAGUCCGCCACCGAUGGUCCUGUAUCCUCAGCUUUACAGCACGGUCAACCAAAACCAGAUCCACCUGCAUCUGCACGGCGACCUGAGCGACGAGCAAGUCACCAUAGCCGGGGGCAAUCUCACUAUCAGCAGCAUCCGAGAGAUCGGCGUACUCGGGGAGGAGAGCGAGCAGAGGAAUGACGUGUGGAGACCGUACUGAAAAGAAGAGGUAUCCGAUGUUUGAAUAUCGUCGGCGACGUAAAUUACAGUGCGCGAACUUCCGACUGUGGCAAUGUAAUCUCUAAUUAGUGCAAUGGACGAGAUAUAGAAGUCAAGAAAUAAAUGGGAUGUGCGCCGGAUACUUUUCGAAAGACACAGUGCGUGAGAUCAUUGUUACUGUAUCAUUGAUUAACAGCGAUUCUCUCGAUCAAACGUGCGAAUUAUCGCGAGAAACCGGUUGGUGAACGACGUCCGAGGUUUCGUAAUAGUGCGGAAGUGAAAAUUAUCACUCGUUUCGAACGUGACAGAGUAAAGACGAACGUUGUUAAAAUAACUCGUGAACUCACUGAACGCAUAGCAGCAGUGGAAACAAUAACGAAAACGAGGAACUAAUCAGUGACGAUUCUUUAAGUGUGCGCAAGAUCGAAAAGUAUCUUCCUCGUACAGAACAUUUCUGCGUUGCAAGUCGCAUCGCGAGGAUGCUGUUUGAUUCUCGAACGGGGAACUUAGUCAAACGCUGUAAUGUUGUAAAUAUACAGAUAUUUUCAGAAAUGAAAUAAAGUAUUGUCUGAUAGGUUCUUAAAU